AUGGGGAAUAAAGAGCGGAGAAAAGAACAACCAACUUCGCAAAAAUCACCAUCCUCAAGCUCGCCUUUAUCGCAAGAUCGAGAUCGGUCAUCGCAGGAGCCUCAAUCCCUUCGGGUACCAUCCACCAAGCAUAUACCCAUCAAUCUGAAUGGUUUCAUCGAUCUUCUCUCCGAGUUUUACCAAGAGAUCCAGUCCAGCAAGCAAGAACUUCCGGACGAGACCAUCGAGCUUAUAUCACAUACUUUAAGCUAUGCACGCUUGCGCCUUCAAGGCGCGAAUGACGACGAUUCCAUCCAAUCGCAUCUGGUCGCAUUGACGAACCUCAGCAGAGUCAUUGACUCCGCACAUCCUAUUGCAUUAUUCGGGAUAGGGACCUUCGCCAUGUUCGAGGUUUGCUGCGGAUCCUUUGGCAAUUGGCAGCGCCAUCUACAUGGGGCGCGCUCACUACUGGACCUUCAUUGUACGAACAAAGCCGAGCUGGACGCUCUCACUGAACGAAUACCAGGUCUAGCGGACGUGCUAGCCUACUUGGUCUGGUUUGACGUGAUGGGCACCUUGAAUCGAGGGGAUAAUGACUUAAUCUUUGAUAAUUGGCAUCGCAAGAUUCUAACUCAGGACUUCCUGGAUUGGGUGGGAUGCCCGCCAGAUACAUUCGAGCUAUUCGUGUACCUUGCUAAAGGCGAACAUGAUCUCGAUCCCAUCGAUCUCAGCUCCCGAGCGAUGCAACAAAUUCUACGCAUCAACACGAAUAACUUGACGGAUGUGAGUCUCGCAGACGUGGCCUACCGAGGCUCGGCUGCAAUAAUUUCUUUCGCCCGCACAGCAAAGGGCAGCUUAUCACCAAGUACACAAAUACAUGCAGACGUAAUUUCCUCCAUGGUGGAUAAAGUGUGCGAUGCAAUAUCCAAAAUGCCUACUUCAUCCCGAUUCUACGUGCACCUGGCGACAUCUGCUUAUCUGACGGGUAUGCAUGCCUGCACCGGAGAUCAGUGCGAGGUGGUGCGGGGUUAUUGGCGGAAUUGCCAGUUGUGCGACUUUCCGAGAUAUCCGGAUGGUCAGGAACAGUGUGAGCGGAGAUGGAGGGAGAAGGGGAUUAUCUAA